AUGCAUGCUGCGCCUGCCCCCUCCCCUCUCUGCAGAGACCGCAUUCAAAAGGAGCCAGGUGUCAAACUUGCCGCAGGCUGCGCACCCCGGAAGCAGCGGGCCAGAGGCCAGACUCCCUCCCAGAGCCCCCGCUCCGUGUCUCUGGACAGUCUGCCCGCAGAGAUCUUGCUGAAGAUUCUUUCCUACCUGGACGCUGUGGCCCUGCUGUGUGCUGGAUGUGUGAACAGGCGCUUUUAUCAUCUGGCCAGUGACAACUUUCUCUGGGGGAAAGUCUACUCAGCUGCCUUUUCGCCUAAAAGAUCGAAUUGGAAAGUGAGUUCGGUGGAGAAGGCGGCCGAGUCUGUGAACGUGCUGUCCCUGGCGGACAGGGAGGCCGGGUACUGGAAGAAGGAAUACAUCGCGAAGCAGAUAGCUUCCGUGCGGGCCGCGCUGUCGCAGGUCCUCAAGAACGUCAACCCUUACACAGGCCUGCCCAGGAACGCCAAGGAGGCGCUCAGAGUAUCGGGCUUGGGCUGGGUGCUGGUCCUGAGAGAGAAAAGCGGGAGAGAACAUGUCCUGGAGCACGUCGACCUGACCAUCAGCGACGCGUCUGUCACCAUCCUGUGGUACGGCAAAAACUGGCCGUGCCUGGCCACUCUGUGCACCUUGGACCUGUGCGGUGUGACGCCCGUGUUCAUGGACCGCUCAAAACCGCCCCCCAGAAAUGGCGGCACAGAGAGCGCUUUGCAUCUCCCAUCCAGCGACUGCCUGGCUCCACAGCCCGCGGGUUGGGCUCCCUCCGACCCCCGCUGGGACGCGCUGCUCUGGCUGCUGACCGGGGGCUGCCUGGCGCGAGGCGCCAGCAGCCUGCUCCCCUGUGCAGUGGUCAUGCCAGAGGACCCUCCCUCCCAGAGGCGCGCACUAGUGUCCGGGUCAGACUGGAUGCUGCCCUCUGAUGGCCUGGGCGGUGGGGGCAGGGGCUCCCUCCAGCUCACGCUGCCCUCCCUAGCCCACCUUUCCGUGCAGGAGGCCUGGGAUGAUGCGGGGGAGGAGGAACUGGCCUUUGUGAUGGCGAAUCUUCACGUCCAUCACCUCGUGGAGAGGAGCACGCUGGGCUCGGCCACUGUGUACGUAUCCGGGCGGCUGCGUUUCUGCGGCGCCCUAGCCGGUUGCUGGGUGCCGGCCUGUGUCCCCUACUCGACACCUGCCCAGGUGGUGGCCUGGUUCUGUCACUUCUCCAUCGGGUGCUCCCUCCAGAUCCAGUGUGCUGGAGACCGAAGGAAGACACUCGGUCUGCUUCUCCCGGGCAUCUGGUUCGUGACCUUACAGGUCACGGAAGUGUCUGUCCGAGGAUACAUUGAAAAUGGAUACGCGAAGCUCGUUGUCAUCAGUUUCAAAAAUAACACAGAACACCUUCCCCUGAUUGGGAAAGUCGGCCUCUCUUGGAAGACGGACGCUUUUGAGGGCUGUGUGAAGAGCUGCUUCAUCAUGGACGUGACCCUGCUGGACGAGUGCGGGAAGCCCUUCUGGUGCGUGAGCUCCCCGGUGUGCUUGCGGCCGCGCCCCUCGCCCCCCGACGGGCCGCACUUCCUGGGCCAGACGCUGGGCGUGGACUACGCGGAGGAGGACGGGCGCGUGCAGGCGGAGCUGGUGUGGAUCGAGGAGACGCAGGAGCACUUCCUCGUCAGCCUGGUGCUGCACCUCAGCGUGGCCAAGAUCAACCGCUGGUUCGGGACGGAGCACUGACGGGCGGCGGGCGGUGCGCUAGACGCCACAAUAAAACCGCGGGGUCCAGGGGCCCCUU